UUCCUUCUAAAUUAUGAGCUCAUUUAAUUAAGAUUAGCGGCUCCUCCGUAAUUAACCACAUCAUGCGUAUAUGUGUACUUAACGCUACAUUACAGCUUUGGUGAUCGCCUUUGCUUGCUUCUCUCCUCCUCAUCCUUUUUCCUGUUUCCUUCCGCUUUCAUGGAGAAGGCUCCAGCCGGUGCAUCGGCCAACAGGCUCGUGUGGGACUGCGGCAGCUCUCUCUACGACUCCUUCGAGCUUGAGUCGUUGAUGAGGCAACUCGACUCCGCUGGCGCCGCUCGGUGCUUCUCCAUGCCGCACUCCGCCGUGCCUCCUCCUCCUCCUCCUCCUCUUUCGGCGCCGCUGGGCCAAGCGCGGAGGAAGCGCUCACGAGUCGCGAGAUGGUUCAAGAACAUGGCGUGGUUGGUGCUGCGAUCAAAACCGCUCAAAGAACAUGGUGGAAAUUCCAGUUCGGGCUGUCUUGCUUCGAUCUCAGAGGCGUGGGGGAGGGAUCUGGGAUCGCCGGAAUGCGGCCGGAAGACCAUGUCGGAGCGGUUUACCGGCAGGACCAUCGCCGCCAAGGAGUACUCUGUUCAUCGUAGCAGUUGUGUCUUAUGUGGCGGCCAUGACUGAUCCAGUUCUUGAUGACAAUGUUAGCUUCUACGGGAAAUUUUCUUGAAUCAAGCUUCUAAUUAAAUGCACAUUACAUCUUUUUGUGCUGUAAUCUCUUCCUUGUUAAGUAGGAACACCAAUUCAUAUUUCCUGUGUGUGUAGAUCAGUAGGAACAUCAAUCUGACUUUUUGAGAAUUCUUUCGUUCCCUCAGUUUGAUGCUUUUGAUUGCACUCAAAAGGUUGCUUAUGUUGAUAUCGAGGUCAACCAUUGUUUAAUUGCACCUCGAAGUCAACCAUCGGAUACUUGCACUGUUUAAGAGUUGGGACGUCAACCCACAUCCCACUAUUGCCUGCCUCGUUGUCAACGCGCCGGUCCUCGCCGCA